GGCCCGGGGCCCGCCCCCAUCGGCGCCGUGGUGCCGUGCACCGCACGCGCACGCACGCCAACGCCACCCCCCGUAUAAAAGGAACGGCGCGCGCCUCGGCAGGGCACACUCACUCAGCACUCACUUCUCCGAGCAGGUCGCGGUGCACCCGGGCAGCAGCAGCAGAAAGCAAUAUGGCCUCCUCCCGCAAGAUGAACAUCCUGGUGGCGUCCUGUGUGGUGCUGGCCACCCUGGCCACCACCAACGCCCAGCUCGGCCUCGGGGGCUACGGCGGCUACGGGGGCUACUCCGGGAGCCACGGUCACGCCGACACGUACUCGUACUCUAGCCUGCACGACGAGCCCCACGGCAGCGACCUGUCGUACGGCAAGUACUCUUACAAGUACGGCGUCCACGACCCCCACACCGGCGACGUGAAGAGCGCCUCCGAGACCGGGCACGGCGGGGUGGUGUCCGGGGAGUACUCGCUGGUGCAGCCCGACGGCGUCACCCGCACCGUGCACUACACCGCCGACAAGCACAACGGCUUCAACGCGCACGUGUCGCUGCACGGCCACGGCCAUCAUUGAGUGGAAAAAACAAACAAAACAAAAAAAAAUAAAUUGUGACCAUGAAGGAGUCGCAAUGCUGACGGGGUAACGAGACCAGCACAUUGCGUUUCCGAAAAGCACUGCCUGUCGAUAAGACUUAUUGAACCGCCUGUGAUAAUUCGACUCUGAUGUUUUGCAGCGACAUGGAGUCUGAGUGAGAGGGCAUAUCGAACCUCUGAAAAAAAAAACUUUGCUGAGCUUUAAAUAAAAAGGGAAUAUUUUCAUAAAA